UUCAAGAAAAAGAAAAUACAGCGCGCGCAAUGUGCAGUGUGAAGACAAUUAAUUUAAUUAGUGAUAAGGAUAUAUACGGAGUUAUUAACACCCGCCCUAUUUAUUUGAAUUGAGAUUAGCUUGUGGGAGUUGUUCAAUUUUAGAUGAAUGUGUUUUUGUUUUUUAAACAAUAAUAAUAUGGGAAAAGCAGUGGUGAAUAAGCAGCCAUCAAAGGGGAAGAUGUUGAUCUUGAAGUUGGUUCCAAGAUCCGUUGCCACGUCGUUCCAAAACCUGCCUGCUGCGGCGUUUAUCCUAGGCGGCGGCAGAGACAUGAGACCAGCUGCUGCAACGGCGGACCACCACCACCAUCAUCAUCAUCUCAUCAAGACCGCCAACCCCAACCACCGGAGAGGAUUCUCUGGUGCUAUUGUUCGGGCAGAGGGCGGAAGACAAUCAGGUUUUACGGGUGCUAAUGCCCACCACCACCAUGGAGAACCCUGCUCGCCCAAAGUUUCGUGCAUGGGUCAGCUCAAGCAAAACAGCAGCAUCAGCAGCAAGAAGAAGAAGAAGAAGAAAGAUAAGGACUUGGUCAUUAUUGGGUCUGUAGCGACUGAGAAAUCUUCCCCGGCUGCUGCCAGGAGAGUUGUGUCACCAUUGCACGGGCGAAGGUGGUCUGAUGCUUCGGCAGCAGACAAAGCGCCGCCGCCGCUGCCCCCUAGUUUGGGUCAGAUGAAGCGCUUUGCGAGCAGUCGAGAGACGCUACGCAGUUAUUGUUCAGACAAUGACGACUACGAAUGUUGUCCUAGUUCUCAUCAUCUGCCGCAGAUUGCCAGUCUUCCAUCAUCAAUUGAUGAUGUUGUUUUACCAAAUAAUGAUGUCGUCCUUAGAAUUGGUGAAACAACGCCAAGGAAAGAAAUCAACCUGUGGAAAAGGAGGAUCAUGAUGAUGCCGCCUCAACCCGCAUUCACAUCAUUACUUGAUAAUUACAGCAACAAUUAGUACGGAGUAAUUAAUAAAGCUAUAUAUCUACU